UCUGUUAGCCCAUCAUGAAUUACUGAGCAUUUCCUCAUUUGUGCUAAGUUUAGUGUCAUGUGGCUGGCUGUACAGCAGCAUCAGCCUGGAUACUGAUUCACUGCUGGACAUGGAGCAAUUUAUCCAUCACUGAACCCUCACUAAAGGCAAAUAUGGGGGAGAGCGUUGAUGUCAAGGCUCUGAGAGCCAAGUUCAACAGCAAGGCCAGCACUUCGGAUACCAGUAGCCGAGACAGCGGCUCCCCAAAAUCUCCACGACCGGGAUUUGGGAGGGCAAUCCUGCCUGUGACAGAGAACAAUCUGGCCCAACACAGACUGUCCCCUACGCUCCCUCCUACUCCUCUGAUGGCUGACCAGGGCCUAAUGAGGGCUGAACCAAUGACAGCCUCCAUCCCCCCGAGACCUGUUUCCUUCCCUCGACUGCCUCCCAAUCCUGGAUUCAGAUCAAGCGUCCCACUGGCAGACACCAAGAAGGUCAAGCAGACAGGAGAAAUGCUGCAGAGCAUGAUGCUGAGGCACCCGAGGCCCCCAGGCAUCAACCCGGCACCAGCUCCAGCUCACGCUCAUGCAACGACUCCCACCUCCAACACUUUACCGCUCCGACAGCAGUCUCGACAGAGGAGCACAGGGGAUGUGACCCCACUGAAGAAGCCCCUGCCCCGAGAAGGACCCAUGCCUUUAAAGCCCAAACGGCCUCCCAACGUCAACCUGGAGCCCUUUCUUAAGUUCAACCGAGGAUCAGGCCCAAAAAAACAAGGCGGAGAUCCCUCAGGUAGAAAGAUGUCUUUACCUGCAGUAAUCAGUCCUCCACAACCACCACAAAGAUCCAGCAAACCCAGAAAGCUGCCGCGUCAAGGAGCCUCUGUUUGUCAUGAUCUACAGCAAAGAUGGCAGACAGGAAAUAGUGUGAGGGACAUUGAGGAUAACCAGGACACCUACGAUGACAUUGAAAACUGUAUUAAGAACGAGACCUGGAGUGAUGGUUCACAGUGUAUUGAUGAGGAUAAUGAAGAUGUGUAUGAGUCUAUUGAUGAGGAUAAUUUGGAGGCAAACCUAACAAAUGCUGAGAAGAAAAAUAAAAAAGAACCUCAGAGGCCACUGGAGCUGGAGAAGAGAGACCAGAUGGAGCAUCAGAAAAAAGAAAAUGACUUUAGGAAGAACUUUCAGUUGCAAGGGGAGGACGAGGUUAUUCAUACAGCCAGAGUCCGACAUGACUGGCACGGAGAAGGAAAACUGGACCUCGUUGUACGAAAGGGCGAGAGUGUGGAGAUCGUCCGAACAAAUAAUAACCCAGUAGGAAAAUGGUGGGCUCGCACCCUGAAUGGAAAAUACGGAUACAUCAGUAACACAUGUGUAGAUAUUGAUUAUGAGGCAGUGAAGCGCAAAGUGCUCCAGUCCCGAAAAACAGACACAUCACCAUUGCCUCCACCACCUCCAGACCCUCCGCAGAUGUUGAAUAUGGAAUCCAAUAACAGAGACAGCAUACUUGAAGAUGAUGAUGACUAUGAUGAUGUUCAACCACUAACUGAGGAUUUUCCCCCACCCCCGCCUGAAGUCAGCAUAGAUUCCAAACUGAUGAAGGAGCUGAGAAAAAAAUUUAAGUUUGAGGGGCCUCCGAAUGUGCUGCACACUGUGAUGGUGGAUCCUAAUUGUGUCAUAAAGAAGCCAGGAGGGAAGGAUCUGGUUGUGACUUCGGGAGAAGUCCUGGACAUCAUCCAACUCACCAACAGCAAGAAAGCUCUGUGUCGCAACCGGUUUGGAAAAUAUGGUUAUGUGUCCAGAUCUCUUCUUCUUCCAAUGGAAAGAGACAUCUACGAUGAUGUUGACUAUGCAGGCGACAUCUAUGACAACGACUCUCCUCAUGCUGAUUAUUAAAACAUGUCAAACUAAACACACACAUACACACUCAAACAAAAGAAACAAACUGCCAUAUAAAUUUAAAUCAAAAACUGAAAACAUAAGCUGUAAAAAUAAUAUAUAUAUGUAUAACUAUGCUCCUGGGUGCCGGUUUUUUCCUUUAUUUGACUCGAAUUGCAUUCAAUUAAAGAGGAUUUAAACAUAGCCUGCACUGCACAGCCAGGCUUCCUUCCUGUCGUGGUGUAACACAGGAAGGCUGUCCGACUCACAAACUAGCUUUUAUCAAACUAAAGCAAUAUUCAUUAAAAAGACACACACACUCAUUUACACACAAACUGUACUUGCCCUGUGCUGACAAUAACAAACUUGGAAUAAUUGCAUUUUUUGUCAAACUGCUUGUAUACAAAAUGAAUACACUAUUACUGUAGCUUUGUGUUUUGCUUGACCUCUGAGAUAAUGUAAAAUAAAUAAACUUCUUCCUGGUAAUUGUGUACCACUUUGAAUUAACUCUUUUCCUUGUGUUUUUAAUAAAAACAAAAAUAAAAAUGCUGAAUUUGUGAAAAGCU